UUAGACGUCUGCAACCUUUUCGGGCGCCAUGGCCAAGUCGGUUCGCCUUCCGUCGGCUCCGAUGGCAGUUGUGUCGCCCUUCCACAUACCGUCACGCUGACAUUCUUCUCAGCUUCUUCAAUAUCGUGUUCUGUCUUGCACCGUCUGAACGUUGUCGGGGUUUCCUCUUCUUGUUAUGCUCUUGUAUAAGGUCAGUAUCUAGCAGGAUACCUCUCCGUCUCCUUCCUCCGUAGGAGGAAUCCUCGAUCUCCUCGAAUGGCCCCGCAAACAAGAAGGGGCUCGUUUCCGAAAGUGGUGAUCGAGAGGGACACCGAUUCUGAAGAGAGCUCCUCCGAAGAAGAAGAAGAAGAGGAAAAGGAAAAUGAGGGAGUGAACGAAGAAGAGGAGGAAGUGUCGGACAGUGAAAAUGCUAAGAAAACUGGGGAGACGAUGGGUGAUAAGGGGAAAGGAAAAGCACCCAUCACCAUUUCUCUUAAGAAAGUCUGCAAAGUCUGCAAGAAACCCGGUCAUGAAGCUGGGUUUAAGGGAGCUACCUACGUUGACUGCCCAAUGAAGCCCUGCUUUCUCUGCAAAAUGCCAGGGCACACUACAAUGACGUGUCCCCAUAGAGUGGCUACAGAAUACGGGGUUGUUCCAGCACCACACAAAAGUGCAGGAAAUCCUAUUGAAUUCGUUUUCAAUCGCCAGCUCAGACCAAGAAUCCAACCUAUAAAACCAGCCUUUGUAAUUCCCAAUCAAGUGAGCUGUGCUGUGAUUAGAUAUCACAGUAGGCGUGUAACCUGCUUAGAGUUUCACCCAACGAACAAUAGCAUUCUUCUCUCCGGUGACAAGAAAGGACAACUCGGAGUAUGGGAUUUUCAUAAAGUGCACGAGAGGAUUGUCUAUGGGAAUGUUCACACUUGCAUACUCAAUAACAUGAAGUUUAGUCCUGCAAAUGAUGGUUCAGUUUAUGCUGCAUCUUCGGAUGGAACAAUUAGUUACACCGACCUUGAGACAGGAAUUUCUUCAUCCUUGAUGAAUCUUAAUCCCGAGGGGUGGCAGGGCCCGAGCAGUUGGAAGAUGCUUUAUGGAAUGGAUGUCAAUACAGAGAAAGGUCUUGUGCUCGUUGCAGAUAACUUCGGUUUUCUCCAUUUGGUUGAUAGUCGCUCCAACAGCCAAUUUGGAGAUUCUGUUUUGAUCCACAAGAAGGGUAGCAAAGUCGUUGGGCUUCAUUGCCAUCCUCUUCAACCCGAAAUUCUGCUGAGUUGUGGAAAUGAUCACUUUGCUCGUAUAUGGGACUUGCGGAAGCUGGAAUCUGGUUCUUCAAUAUAUGACCUUGAGCACAAACGAGUAGUUAACUCAGCAUAUUUCUCUCCUUUGUCGGGGAGCAAAGUCCUCACCACUUCGCAGGACAAUAGGCUUCGUGUUUGGGACUCUAUUUUCGGCAGUAUGGAAUCUCCCAGUCGAGAAAUUGUUCAUAGUCAUGAUUUCAACAGACACUUGACUCCAUUCCGAGCUGAAUGGGAUCCCAAGGAUCCAUCUGAGUCUCUUGUAGUUAUUGGUCGUUACAUAAGCGAAAACUACAAUGGGACAGCUCUUCACCCGUUAGACUUCAUAGAUAUCAGCACAGGGCAACUUGUGGCAGAGGUGAUGGACCCAAACAUAACCACGAUCAGUCCAGUGAACAAGCUGCACCCCCGAGAAGAUGUAUUGGCAUCAGGCAGUUCAAGGUCUCUUUUCAUUUGGAGGCCGAAGGAGAAUUCUGAGUCUGUGAAGGAAAAGGAAGAUCUGAGAAUUGUGUUAUGUGGGAAGCCUGAGAAGAAGCAACGAGGCAAGAAGCUUAGUGAUGAUGAUUCUGAUGGUGAUGAUGGGUUUAGCUCCAAAGGCAAAAAGCUCAAGCGUAAAGAAGUCGACUUUGAUUCGUCGUCUUACAGAAAGAGAAAGUCGAAGUAGCAAGUGAAACAAGCCGAAAGAAAAUGAUGGCCUGAGUUCCUGUGAUCGCCUGAGAUUUUGUAGGACAAGUCUUGACAGGUAGCCUAACUUAUCACCUGGUUUUACUUUCAGAUGGCCAAUGUUUUUGGUUUGGCUGCUUGUAAUUUUGAAGGCAAGGUUGACAGACACCGUUAAAAUGUUGGCGGUAAAUGUAAUAUAUUUUCUUAAAAUGUUUGUUGAAGUAUAUCAUAUGCAAGGGGUGAUCAUCUCAAAGUUGUUCUGCC